GGGCCGCAGGGCAGGGCGGCAGGCGGACGAUGCCCGCGCCGGGCGCCCGGGAGGAGCGCCGGCCGCUGCUGGCGCGCAGGCCGCGGGCGCCCCGACGGUGGCGGCGGACGGCGGCGGCCGCCGUGCUGCUGGUGGAGACGCUGGAGCGCGCCGCCUUCUUCGGCGUCUCGGCCAACCUGGUGCUCUACCUCAACAGCGCCAGCUUCCAGUGGGACGGCGAGCAGGCGUCCCGCGCUGCGCUCGUCUUCCUGGGCGCCUCCUACCUGCUGGCGCCCGUGGGCGGCUGGCUGGCCGACGCGUACCUGGGCCGCUACCGCGCCGUCGCGCUCAGCCUCCUGCUCUACCUGGUCGCCUCCAGCCUGCUGCCCGCCACCGCCUUCAGGGACGGCCGCCGCUCCUUCUGCGGGGAGGUGCCCGCGUCGCCGCUGGGGCCCGCUUGCCCGUCGACCGGCUGCACGCGCGUGUCACCCACCCCCUACUGCGCGCCCACCCUCUACUCCGGGCUGCUGCUGCUCGCCCUGGCCGCCAGCUCCGUCAGGAGCAACCUCACCUCCUUCGGGGCGGACCAGGUGAUGGAUCUUGGCCGCCAUGCCAGCCGUCGCUUCUUCAACUGGCUUUAUUGGAGUAUCAACGUGGGUGCCGUGCUGUCACUGCUGGUGGUGGCCUUUAUCCAACAGAACAUCGACUUCCUGCUGGGCUAUAGCAUCACCGUGGGCUGCAUGGGCCUGGCCUUCUUCAUCUUCCUCUUUGCCACCCCCAUCUUCGUCACCAAGCCCCCCACAGGCAGCCAAGUGUCCUCUAUGCUUAAACUCGCUCUCCAAAACUGCUGUCCCCGGCUGUGGCACCGACACUCUGCCAGAGACCCUCAAGGCACCCAACCGCUGCCCGACCAGAGGUCUCCCCAGCCUGGCCCUUCCCCUCAAGAGGACAUGGCCAACUUCCAGGUGCUGGUGAAGAUCUUGCCUGUCAUGGUGACUCUGGUGCCCUACUGGAUGGUGUAUUUCCAGAUGCAGUCCACGUAUGUCCUGCAGGGUCUUCAUCUCCACAUCCCGAACAUUUUCCCAGACAGCCCUGCCAAUAGCUCCAUGGCUCUGAGAGCCCAGCGCAGCAGCUACAAGAUCCCGGAAGCCUGGCUCCUCCUGGCCAACGUCGUGGUGGUGCUGAUCCUGGUGCCUGUGAAGGACCACUUGCUCGACCCUUUACUGCAGCGGUGCAAGCUGCUUCCCUCGGUCUUGCAGAAGAUGGCCCUGGGGAUGUUCUUCGGCUUUGCCUCCGUCCUUGUGGCAGGAGGCCUGGAGAUGGAGCGCUUACAGUACAUCCAUCGCAACCAGACGGUGUCCCAGCAGAUCGGGAAGGAUGUGUACUAUGCAGCUCCACUGUCCAUCUGGUGGCAGAUCCCUCAGUACCUGCUCAUCGGGAUCAGUGAGAUUUUUGCCAGUAUCUCAGGCCUGGAGUUUGCGUACUCCGAGGCUCCGCGCUCCAUGCAGGGUGCCAUCAUGGGCAUCUUCUUCUGCCUGUCGGGAGUGGGCUCGCUGUUGGGCUCCAGCCUCGUGGCACUUCUGUCCCUGCCCGGGGGCUGGCUCUACUGCCCCAAGGACUUUGGGAACAUCAACAAUUGCCGGAUGGACCUCUACUUCUUCCUGCUGGCCUGCAUUCAGGCCGCCACGGCCCUCCUGUUUAUCUGGAUCGCUGGCCGCUACGAGACGGUAGCUCAGGGCCCAACCUCCCAGAGCUGUCCCAGCAGGGACAGGGGCUGAACACCCUCCCCCCAGCUGCCCCCUGCCCCCCCGCCUGCGCUUCUCUCCCCAGGACACAGACAGCCACAGUCCCAGUGGGGGUUCCUUGAGUUUAUUCUGUACCCAACGUUAGGAUGAAAUGGUUCUCAUAAAUAAGGGGCGUAAGCCCUUCCUCAUGAGCAUGGUCCAUGAUGGGGGCGGGCAGGGCAGAGGGGGCCUGGGUGGGCAUCCUUUUGAGAGGCCAAGCAGGGGACUUGGAUGCACAAGCACCGGAGGGUGAGCAGGAGGCUGCCCGGGCUGGCGGCCGACAGUGCCGGGCCAGGCGGGCUGGUGGGGGGGUCAGGAGCUGCCCCGGAUCCUCUCCAUGUAACUGCGCAGCUCCUCGGGGUCUUUCAGUCCCAUGUCCUCACAUACCCAGCGGAUGUCCUCCUCCCCCGCCACCAGGAUGGACUGCACAGCGGGGGCCCCUACGGGCUCCUCAGACAGCUGGGCUGGGGGGGCUGGCGCAAACGUCACAAACUCUACCCGCUUCCGCCGCCCCCCGGCUUCCUUCCGGGCCAGGGUGCUCGAGGAGCCGGUGGUGCCCCCAGCAGGAGCCUGGGCCACGGUCAAGGCCUCCCCUCCGCCCCCAGUCUCGCAGGGGCAGCCCCCCUCCCCCUUGGGCAGGCCAGGGGACUGCCGGUCCAGCUGGCGGC